CCACUGCAUUUAAUACCUCCAUCCCUACUCUCUCAAAUGACUCCACAAACACAAAACUUCAUAGAACUCUCACCGCUCUCUCUCUUUUCUUUCUCUCUCCUCAACCGAAUUUUUUCCAAUUUCAAUGGCCGCCUGUCCCACCGACUUCACUCGCGACUCCGCCUGUCGCGACGGACGCGCCGCCGCACACCUCAAACUAAUCUCCAUCUUCCUCAUCUUCAUCACCAGCGUCAUCGGCGUCUCCUCCCCUGUUCUCCUCACUCGCUUCUUCCACGGCAAACCUCUCUACGACAAAGCCAUUCUCAUCAUCAAAUGCUUCGCCGCCGGCGUUAUUCUCUCCACUUCCCUCGUCCACGUCCUCCCCGACGCCUUCGACGCCCUCUCCGACUGCCGCAUCGCCUCCCACCACCCUUGGCGGGACUUCCCCUUCUCCGGCCUCGUCACCAUGAUCGGCGCUCUCGUCGCGCUCUUCGUCGACGUCACCGCCACAUCACACGUGGAACACGGGCACUAUAAUCCGGUGGAGAUGAAGGCAGGGGAGGAUUCCGGCGGGGAGAUUGGGCUUCUGGUGGGGGCGAACUCGAAAUCGGAAGUGUUUGCAAGCGACGGCGGCGGAAGGGAAGAGGAAUUAGUGAAGAUGAAACAGAAAUUGGUAUCGAAAGUAUUGGAAAUUGGGAUAAUAUUUCAUUCGGUGAUAAUUGGAGUAACGAUGGGAAUGUCUCAAAAUCAGUGUACGAUUAAGCCGCUUGUUGCCGCUCUUGCUUUUCAUCAAAUCUUCGAAGGAAUGGGCCUUGGUGGAUGUAUUGCUCAGGCAGGAUUCAGCUUGGCAACGACGUCGUAUAUGUGUUUCAUGUUCUCAGUGACGACGCCGAUGGGGAUAGUAUUAGGCAUGAUACUAUUUUCACUAACAGGUUAUGACGACAACAAUCCCAAAGCAUUGAUAAUGGAAGGUUUAUUAGGUUCAUUUUCAUCUGGGAUUCUCAUAUACAUGGCUUUAGUAGAUUUAAUAGCCGUUGAUUUUUUUCACAACAAGAUGAUGAGCUCAAAUCAAUGGCUGAAAAGGACUUGUUUUAUUGCCUUGUUGCUCGGCUCUGCAUCGAUGUCCAUUUUGGCUUUAUGGGCUUGAAAACACAUGAUAUGGAACCCUUUUUAAAUUUAGUGAAAGAUUAUUUAAUAGAAGAUGGUAAUAUCAAUAUCAAUCUGCAUGGAAAUGGAAAUGCAUUAUCUUGGGUUACUGGUUUUCCAUGUCAUAAAUCCAAUUGGGUUUCAUUAAUAAAGGAAUGUGAUGUAUAUAGGGAAGAGUUUUAUGUAGUGGGUAUGAAAUAAAAGUUUGGUUAUAAACAUUACAUGAAAGUGGAAUGGAAAGUGUUUAUGUUAA